AUCAUAUUAGAGACUGAAAUUUCUUCAACAGCUUAGAUAUCGUCCUCUAGACAAUAUAAGAUAUACCUAGGUGUUUAUUUAAUACCGAUUGGGUACUAUCAUCUAGUGUCUAUCCGACAAUACGUACCGAGUACUUCUAUUCGACUUGGGGUCCGAGAUGCUCUAUGUACUCUGGCCGGCCACAGGCCUUACGCUUCGGUACCUCCAAGUACCUCCAGGUACCUCCUACAUUUAUCUGAGAUUACUUACUUACUCAGUACUGAGAGUACAUAUAAUUGUGCACCUAGGAAUGUUCCUUUGUUCAGGCACUCAAUGAUUCGACUUCAGUGCCAUUGUUGCAUCCUCACUUUCGUACUCCGUGGCUUAGGGUUGGCCAGGCGUUAUAUAGUGCUCGAGACCUUUGCUGAGGCACGCCUCUAAGCUACAAACUCCCCGCGCUGAUCGAGAUGGAAACCAGUACCCAACCAUCGACUUUUGUUCCGUUCACCAAGGCAGAGCGAAUCCAACAGCUCGGCGAUAUUGACAAGAAUAUUGUCAAGCUCCUGCGGUAUACAGCACAAGCUGUACAAUGUCUAGGCAAAAGACCAGGGCAGGAUGAAGACGUCAGUAUGGUCGACACCGACCCAACCCAGCAAUUCAAAGAUUCCAUGGAUGAAUUUGUGAACACGCUGCGAACAGUGAAUGUCGGCAUGAAGCGCCAAAUUUGGGGGCUAGAAGAGGCUGGCAUCAUCUCUCUUGGCAAGAAGGAGCUCAGUACUAGAGAAGAGGGAGGUGAAGUGCAGGCAAGCAACGUCCGUAAUGGACUUCUCGAGCCAGAUGGAAGCGGAAAGAUUGGUGGCUUGGACGUCGGCUGGCUUAACAGCCGAAGUAACAAAGUAGAAAAGGACAUGGAGGCCGACCUAUGGGAAGAGGCCGAACAGACUCUCCAGCGACUUAUUACACAUCAGCGGCAACACGCAGGUUAAGAAGUCAAUAACAGCGCAUCGCUCCGAAGAGCAAUGCCAAUCAGCCUACAUUUACGACGCAAAAUCACAUACCAAAUUCGCGAUUCAAAGCAGGAGCUAUGCGGCAUUGACAAAAAAAAACUUGUGGCCGCUAUUUCGAGCUCAUCGAUUCCAGCACGAUACACAACGUUUCAGCUCAUCUCAUCUCUGUUCACACAGAUAGAGAAUUGAUUGAAUCCAAUGCUAUCCUCCGUGCCGAGUCAAUUUCCAGAAUUUUCGAAAGUCUUGGGCAAACGGUGAUUACACACUAGUCAUAGCUUAAUGAAAAUGACAAUUGCAAUAGAGUUAUCUUCCUUCAUGAAAAUUUUAGCAAACCCGUGUAUAACAU